AGCCGCGCGGAACGAAACCCUACCUCAUUCUCCCAUCUAACUCUACGCCACCGCCGCCGCCGCCCCUCGCGAGGAGAGGACCUCAACAACAGCCGCCGGCGCCCUCCUCGUGUUUGGGGAUCUCCCGCGGCAUCGACGGUUGGACAGGUAGAUAAGGGGGGAGACGCGCAUGGACAUGGAGACGGCCGCGGCGGCCGGUGGCGUCGGGCUGACUGCGUGGCAGGCGGCGGCGCUGUCGGGCGUGGCGGGCUGGGUGUGGGCUGCCUCCUACUUCGACCUCACCCGCCGGACGCGAGCGCUGGUGCAGCCCUGGGUCACCCGCCGCGUCCACGCCGAGACGCCCUCCAUCCUCAGGUUGCAGAGGAUGCAGCACAAGUUGCUAGACAAUUUCUUCUCUGUGCUGUCAUGCGUUGUCUCUGUCCCUUUCUACACAGGAUUCCUGCCCCUCCUCUUCUGGAGUGGACACGGCAAGUUGGCUAGGCAGAUGACCCUCCUCAUGGCGUUCUCUGAUCACCACCGCCCACUGCGAAAGGUGGCUUCCCAGACUUACCUUUCUGUACCGCUACGGGUUUACACGGGCAUAGAUCGAAAUGCAGCACUUCCAUGUAGUCAGGUCAGGCUGUCACCACUGUUCAGAAGCUUCGCUACUGCUACUACACAAGGAUGGUGCCAACAUGCCCCAGCCCGCUAGUGGCACUGCUUGACGUCAGGAUAGGCAGCCCUCGUGCAUGGAGCUAUGCAGAUGCUAGCGAGUGGUUUCUAUGGCCAUGGAUGCUUGCUCAUAAAUGAGGUGGCAGAUGAUGCUAUUUCUGUAGCUCACUGUGGUGUAGGCGCUUGUGUUGAUCCAACUGUAGUACUGGGGUCGACUUACUGAUCUACAAUUAUUCAUUUUCAAGUUGAUUUACAGUUACAGGAUAUGCCUUGACGUUAACGAGAAAUCGCAGGGUGGCCGGUAUGGGUUCAAAGCUUGUUGGAUGCGGCUCGGCCGUUCCAUCGCUUACCAUCUCGAAUGAUGACCUCUCAAAAGUCGUUGAAACGUCAGAUGAGUGGAUCGCAACGCGGACUGGGAUUCGGAGCAGGCGAGUUCUUUCAGCACUUUUCACAGGGACGUAUUAUUAAGAGAGCUUUUGGGAAGUUGAAGGUAGAGCAUGUUUAUUUGGGAAGGCACAGUUUCAGCAAGAUGCUGCCAAGUUAACACCUUAGGAUGUCUUUGGGGUGGCACUGGACACAACAACAAGUACUGAGCAGAGAUCACUACAAUGCAAUGGGUCACUGUAGUACAAAUAUGAAUCUGUUGUCAGUGUCUUUCUUGUAUAUAUAUCUGAUUUGUGGAAAUAUUGUAAUAUAUUGAGUUACUGCUCUUAUAUGGAAGAUUUCAUCAUGUGUUGAUGUUUA